GGUCUUCUGUCAUGUCUUAUGCACUUCCAUCUCUGCUCAACACUGGCUUUUCUAUGCCUCUACCAGCUAUACGUAGCAGUCUUUGACGAGAUAAUCUUGUGCCUCUUACUUAACCCCUCCCAAGCUGGAAGAAUAUUCUGAAGACUGUCACUUCUUUGGCAGGGAGGGGCGUUGUGGCAAAGAGAACGUCUGAACAUCUCCUAGCAGCUGAGCAGAACUCUCAGAAAGAGACUGCCCAAGGCAUCAUUCAACCUGAGUGAGAUUUGGAUCAGAACCUUGCAGAUCACGUGAUGCAGAGAGUUACACAUGCUGAAUCCUGCAACAAACACGGGACAUUGACAAACAACAGCUGAAUGGAAAAGGUUCCAAAGACUCCCCUCACAUUUCCUGGCAGUGUCACCUCAUCCAGGGGGCCAAGUGUGCCAGGAUCCCCCUCUGCUAUCACUGCCCGUAUGGACAACCAUGUGAUGGGGUAUAAAGAUCUGGCUGCCCUGCCUCGUGACAAGGCCAUACUGGAUAUAGAACGUCCAGAUUUGAUGAUUUAUGAACCUCAUUUCACUUACUCUGCCCUGGAGCACACAGAAACACUGAGAAGCAGAGAGCGUUCAUUAUCUCCAAAAUCUAUAUCUCCUCCUCCUUCCCCUGAGGUUUCUGGACUCUGGGCUGAUAAUAAAUCUACAGCAAGUGUCUCAACUGUGCAAGGGACACGCGGUGGAAGUUCUUCACCAAGAGGAGGUGUCCAACACUUUCACUGCCCAGAACUGUCUCAAAAAGAACCCAACCUUUACAAGAAACCUCCAAUCUACAGACAAAGAGACUCGGUGCAUGCUCACAGAUGUUCUGAUGACCCUAUUGUUGAAUCUUCUAAGUUUCCGGCUGCAAAACCACCAGAUCCAAACCAGCCAGCAAAGAUAGAGACAGACUAUUGGCCUUGUCCACCUUCCUUAGCGGUUGUAGAAUCUGAGAGACGUUUUCGUAGAGAGUCUAAGCGUGGAGAUGAUGGAAGUGAGGAGAAGCAAGAUGAGCUGAUGGAACAUCAAAAGAUGGCUCUAAGCAAGAUCCAGUCUAACCUAGGAAAACUUAUCUUGAAAGAGGAAAUGCAAAAGACUGGCACUCCGAGGAGAAAAACACGAUCUCUACCUGAUAGGACACCAAUCUACAUACCAACAUAUUCUGUCUUUAGCCGAAGCAGCUUAACAAGGCUUCAGUCGGCAGAGUUCCCAGUUUCAGAUCGGCAGAUUGAAGGUGCAGGGUUCCAGAAUGGGGAAGGUCAGAGAACAAGGAUGGAUCGGGGCAAUUCUCUCCCCAGCAUUCUGGAGCAGAAGAUCUUUCCUUAUGAGAUGCUGAUAGUCACAAACAGAGGUCGUCAGAAACUUCCACCCGGAGUGGACAGAACUCAACUGGAAAAGUACCUUUCACCAGAGGAGUUCCAGCGCCUCUUCUGCAUGCCUAUUGAUGAGUUUGUUAAGCUGCCACUGUGGAAGAAGAAUGAGAUGAAAAGAAAACUGCUAUUGUUCUAACCUUUCAGGGGCCGUAGUUCCCCUAAUACUACUAAAGAGAGGGGUUGAGGGGGUUUGUCCAGGAGAUGAAUCCUCCACUCCUGUGUACCUUGAGGAGAGUUAGAGUGUGACUUGUGUGUAUGAACUUGAGUGGUUACGUGAAGCAAGGACAUCAUUCCUCCAAUGCCUCUCACCUCUCCAUGAACCGAGACUUACACAGAUUGUAGGAUAACCAUAUGAAACACACGCACACACUAUAGGACCAUAUUUACUUCUGAUUGCUCGCACUAUUCUAUAGAAUCAGUCUCUAAUACACAACUGCUAUACACUUAGGUAGGGUCAGAGUUUUACAUGCCACAGUUACAUGAUAGAUUUGGUAAUGGAAUGCAGGGCUUGUAAACAUGACAUUAAAACACACUUAGUGAAUAAAGUGGAGGUGCUAUUAUAUGAUGUUAUAAACAGCUAUUGCUUUGUGUGUUUAAUGGGUGAAUGCUUCAGUUUACUGCAACCCAAUAAUACUUUACUCACCAACGGGGUAAAGUGCAACCCUUUGUCAUCCUUUGAUUUGCCCCAAAGUGCAAUUUAUCUCAACCCCUGCUGUGUGUGGUUUGUGAUCAGCUGAACGUUGAUAUAUGUACAUGCACCAUACACGUACUGCCUCAUCAGUCAUGUCCACCACACUCAAUAUUUCUACCUUUAUCCUUGGAUACAUUUUUUUCCUUAAAUUAUUAUUCUCAUCUAUCCAUAAAAAAUAUCUUUAUACUAUCAUACACACCUUGUCAUGACGGUCUCAAGUCAGUCCCUCUCACAGAAUGUCCUGCUGGCAUCAUGACCUUUCACAUGUCCCAUCUCUCCAUGUGUUUACAUAUAUGUCACUCCCUAUUGUGUCUGCCCCAUCUAUUAAUGCACAUGUCUAUCUUCUCCCCAUGUGUCUUGUGUAUUUCAUUUCCCACAUAUAUGUCCGUCCUACCCUGAGUGGAAGCUUUCUUUUCAUUAUUUUAUUGGCUUCUGAUGUAUAAUUAUUAAUAUUAUUAAAAAUAACUGGAUAUCCAGGUUGUGCAUUGUUAUAUUGA